AAGUGCACAUGCGCGAAUAGGCCGACUCAAAAUGGCCGACUCUCGGAAUUACAAUCAAGCUGCUAAUUUGGAAAAUUCAGGAUUCGGAGGUGGACAAAGGAGGGGAAAUUACGGAGGAUACAGAGGAGGUGGCAAUGGAUCUCGACCACUUCCCCAGGAACCACCUUAUACAGCUUACGUUGGAAAUCUGCCUGACGGUUUAGUUCAGGGAGACAUAGAUCAAAUGUUUGUUAAGUUGUCUGUUAAGAGUGUACGAUUAGUAAGAGAUAAAGAAACAGAUAAAUUCAAAGGUUUCGCUUACGUCGAGUUUACUGAUCUCAAGUCUUUGAAAGAAGCUUUAACUUACAAUGGGGCCUUAUUCGAACAACGUGAAAUUCGAGUGGAUGUUGCAAGUGACAAAAGAAAUGACUCUCGAGGAGGUCGCAGUAAUCGAGGGCGCGCCCCAGCAAACCAAUCAUAUAGAGGAGGAUUUGAACGCGGACGAGGAGGUGGUCAAGCAGCUGGUGGAAAUCAUGGGGGAGGUGGGCAAUUUCGCCAAACGGCGUCAUUUAGUUCAAAUCGUCGAGAACGACGUGAUAGUGGAAGUAGACCUGGAGGGCAAACAGACUUUCGCGAACCGAGUCCUAGCUCGGCUGCAGCUAGACCCAAGUUGAAACUCCAGCCAAGAAGCAAGGAUGCUAAUCAAAACGAUGAGGUGAAGAGAAAUGCUAGUAUAUUUGGUACGGGAAAACCAAGGGAGGAGAAACAGUAA